GUUGCUUCUUAGUGUCAUCCUGCAUUCAUACAAGUGGCGUUAGAUUAUAUAGUUUAAAUGUAUUGAUAAAUACAUAUACAUUACAUAUUAAAGUCAGCUUCUUUUCUGCCCUUCUCCUUCUUCCGUUUUCUUUCCUUCUCCUCCUCCCCCCUUUCUCUCUUUCUUUUUCUCCCACCAUAUAUAUACAUAUUAUAUAUAAAAAGCAUCAUGUACAUGUUUAUUACAUAUAUUUAUGUAUGCAUAAUAGAUACUACAUAAAAUAUACAUCUUUUUAUUGCUUCCUUUGUUCUUCUUUUUAUUACUUUUUUCUUUUCUUUUUUCUUUCUCUUCUUUAUAAAUAAAAAUAAAAUUUUCUUCUAUUCCAAUGUCAUUUAUCACUUAUUUAACACGCUAUCUUCAUCAAUCUAGUAACAAUAAUCAAAUGAAUAACUCUCAUAAAAUGAAUCGAAAUAAUAUAUUGUCAAUAAAGAAAAGGAAAGAAAUUGGUGAUUAUCUUUUAUGUUCAACCAUUGGUCGUGGUGCUUCAGGACGUGUAAAACUCGGUAUUCACAAACAAACAGGUGAAAAGGUAGCGAUUAAGAUAAUAUCGAGAAGCCAUUUGAAGACCUCGAAUCAUACAACGCAAUCUGUACAGCAAGAGUUGGCUAUCUUGCAGUUACUUUAUCAUCCUCAUUUAGUACAUCUCCGACAAGUCCUUCAAGAUACUCAUUCUGUUUAUUUCAUCAUGGAUUAUAGUGAAGGGGGUGAAUUAUUUCAUGUCUUGACUGAACGAGGUCGACUUACGGAAUCAGAAGCGCGUUCUCUUUUUUCUCAAUUGGUAUCUGCCAUCUUUUGGUGUCAUUCACAUCAUAUCAGAAAAGAAAAAGACUUUAUAACUCUCUUAUAUAUAUUUUUUUCAAUAAUAAUAAUAAAAAAAAAUAAAAGUCAUCGAGAUCUUAAACCGGAAAACAUCUUGCUCGAUAAAGAAAAGAAAAACUUGAAAGUAGCAGAUUUUGGAAUGGCAACAAUGCAACCUCCAAAUAGAUUACUUAGCACGAGUUGUGGAUCUCCGCAUUAUGCUAGCCCUGAGAUAGUUAAAGGGAAAAAGUAUGAUGGCAAGGCAACAGAUGUAUGGUCUUGUGGAGUUAUUUUAUAUGCUAUGAUGACAGGCCAUCUCCCCUUUGAUGAUGAACAUAUGGGACGAUUAUUAGCAAAAAUUAAAACAGGUCAUUAUCGUCCUUUACCUGAUUACCUUUCAAAUGAUGCAAAAGAUAUCAUUCAACGUAUGUUAGUUGUGAAUCCAACAAAACGAAUAACAAUAGCAGAGAUACUUUAUCAUCCUUGGUUAACCAAUAAAUCAUUUUUAGGAACUGAUUUCAAAAUGAUUUUACAAAGACAACAGCAAUGGAUGAAGGACUUUAAUCCGUAUUAUCAAGAUCCUAAUUUAGAACUUCCUAUGCUUUCUCAUAAAUCAGACUUGGAUGGAAGAAUAUGGGAGACACUUAAAGUUUUAUGGGGCAAAAAGAAUGAAGAAACACUGUUGACCAGUUUAUCGAUAUAUGGAUAUAAUGUACAAAAAUUAACCUGUAAAUUAUUACAAGAAAGAUCUUUAAGAGGAUUAGAACAGCAGCCCUGGAUAACAAAUAAUAAUAACAAUAGCUCAACUCAACGGCCUUUUAUCAUAACGGAAGACCUUAUCUUUCUAUCCUCACCUCUUCGAGUGAGUGAAGAAUGCUAUAUGUUAUCUACUCCUUAUGAAUCUUCAAUUGAUUCAGCCUUUGAUGCUUUAUUACCAUUAACACCUCAAAGUACGUGUUCAUUGCAACAAACUCCUUCAUUCUCUUUAAUACAGAUCGAUCAAUAUAAAAAGAAACAUCAUGGUUGGGAUCAAAAUAAUAAAGAUACAAAUUCAGUUAUAGCUCCAAUGAUACAACAAAAUAGACCUUCUACUACUAUUCAAACCUCUUCGUUCUCUAACGUAGGAAAAACGUUGAUUCAUAUUAAAUCAAAGGCAGCCCCUGGAUUCGUCAUGGCUCAGUCUAUAGAAAAUAAUAGUUGCAUAGACUCUAUACAAACUUGGUGGUGGUGGAUAAUAGUACCCUUGAAUAAAAAGGAACCACGCUUCACCAACUUGACUUGGUGGAAUAAAGCGCAAAGUUACUUUUUUAAAAGAAAACCGAUUGAAAGGACUACUGUCACAGUUGAAUGCUUUGCAAAAAAUGAAUGUGAAGCAGCUGGUAAAUUACAUCAAGUUCUUGAAGAGUGCUAUAAUGGCCAACUUAUAGGAAGAAUGUAUCCUCAUGGUAAAGUCAUUUGGAAUGGAACAAUGAAUAGAAGAGGUUCUUCUACUUUUUCCUUCGUUUGUCAUAUAAAGAAAAUUAAGAUAACUACUACUACUAAAAUUCGAAUUAAAUUCGUACUCAAUCAGGGUGAUGAAAUCAAGUCAAAUAUAAAGGAUUUACUCGAAUGUCUGAACAGAUAUGAAUCUGAAUCUUAUUGGCUGACAAAGACAAAUGGUUGGAUUAAAUAAUAGAUUGUAUAUUGCACUUAUUUAUAAAAAAAAAAGCUUUCUCC